AAUGAAAAGCAAUGCACCAGCAGAUGACAGCGGCUCACUUCAAGAGCAGGUGAAGCAAGAUGGGACAAUGUUGAAGAUGUUUGCUCACACUGGGCAAUCAGGUGCAGAUCAGACCCCAAUGCUGCGACGUCUUGGGGUGUACUCACACUAGGCACACCGAGUACGAUUGUCCCCCCUCCCCACUCCCCCUCUGGCCUGCACUCACAUAGGGUUUCAGCAUUCGUGCCGGAGCACGCUUACGUCAUCAUUAUGGUGCGACGGUUUCCAUAGGUUUCGGGAUAAACAAGAAGAGCGGCGCUCUCUGAACACUAUGGAGUCCAUCGCUCUGUUUUCUUUGUGGAUAAUUUUCUGUCGUUUGGUCCACAGCCCUCUCACAGCCUGUUGUUAAACAUAUGUGUCGCCUUUGUGGCGCGAAAAUUUUCACGUAAUCGUGCUGCUCGUAUGAGGAGGUUUGCAAGGUACCAGCUGAAGUGCAGAAAGGACUUUGCAGCUUUGAUUACGGACUACAGUUCCUAAAACCAUGACUUCACGCGUCCUGUUCCGUGCCCGAGUCCAACUGAACCGUGCUCUGGCCCACCUCUUCCAAGCUGGCCAGGGCUGGCUAAUCGAGCCGCGCCCGGGCACGGUUCGGACCACUCAGAAUAGUCCAACGAACCGCGCUUUGGUGGUCAAACGCGCUCUGGCACGGUUCAAACUGGCUAGUGUGAGUACACCCUUGGAGAAUUUGGUGAUGUUGUGCGUAGCAUGGACAACAAAAUGGACCCUAUGCUGCAACAUUUUGAGUGCCAAUAUGUCUUUUGGAGAGUUAUCCCUGCCAGGGGAUCUGUUACUCCCCCUAGACACCCAGGAAAAUUUGCCGUUUCUUGACAACAGUAUGAGGCAGGAUAAAGAACUCCUGGAACAAUUUCUUCGGUUUUUGACAAUCAAAUGUGAGAGGGACCUAAAGACAACCAUGUGGCGAAUGCUUCAGAGUAUCUUCUCUAAUCACCUUUCCAUCAAUAUAACCUGGUCUGGUGUAGGUGAUAAAGCAUGUUUUAGAGACAUGUUCCUGAAGACCAUUGUUCAAAGAGCCAUCCGGAAGAACCCGGCGACCCAGGAUGCCACUGAUGAGGCGAUCCAGGUUAACGUUACACAUCACCUGAAAGGAGCAUCUGACCAUGCAGGUGGAAAAAGGCACCGCUGAGUGGGACCCACAGCCGACCCCUUAAACCUAGGCUGACUACUGACACCCCAGCAUCACUUGACAACUGGAGCCCUUUUUUUAUCCUGCAGACAGUAACUUCAAGACAUCUAAAAAAGGCUUGUUACAGUGCUUAACUCUUCUAUUUAAAUAUAGCUUGUAAAUCCUAGAUUAUACAUCUAAUACUUGAUUUCUCCACAUUAUCUGGUAUCAAAUAUUCUACUUGCCGUGACUUUAGUAUUGGCUUAUUUCAUUCCGUCAUUGCUUAACGAUUCUACAUGCUCUAUGCACGAACCCUGCUGACGUAUGUCCGAAAGAAUCUCAGCCAGCUUCUUUACUUCCACAAGCGCAUUCUGCAGGCAAAGUAUAUAGCGGCAAAACUUUAAUAAAAUUCAUAAAGUUCAUUUCUUUCACUUUUCAUACCUCUGAUACUUGAAAUUGCAUUUUACCUGGUACCAAAUAUUCUACUUCAUUCUGUCACAGUGCUUAACUGUUAUUCUAUUGUUAAAUAUAGCUUGUAAAUCCUUGUGCCACAGGUCAGCAUUGCAGUUAUAAUGGUAUAUUCUCAAAUUAUUUGGUGUCCUUCACUUUCUUUGGUACCAAAUAUCCUCAUUACUUGUGUUUACUGGUAAUUCUUUUCAUCCCAGAGCUGAACUCUUUAUGUUAUUAGCAAGUAUUGUAAGUGUUAUACAGUGUUUUAUAUAUAUAUAUAUAUAUAUAUAUAAAGUGUUUUUUAACUAUAAAA